UGCCUCCUCUCUUUCUCACUCUCUCUGUCUCACUCCAUCUCUCUCUUUCUCACCCUCUGUCCAUUCUUUCCAAAUGUCUCUUUCCUAAUGCCUCAGUCUGGUUGGAUGGGAGACGGCACAACAGCACAGAUAGAAUGACAAAUAAACAUUUGGGAAACCAGACAAGUGGAGCAUUGCAGGGGGAUGAAGGAGUGGAACUCGGAUUAAAAGACACUACACACCAACAAUGUGGCUGGUUUGGACGCAACCUGCUCCUUGCCCUCACUGUGCUAGGUGUAAUAGCAGGCACAGUGCUGGGGAUGUUGCUACGGUAUGUUCCUGAUAUGGGCACAAACAGCCUUACGCUGAUCUCCUUCCCUGGAGACAUCCUGAUGAGAAUGUUGAAGAUGCUCAUCCUGCCCCUCAUCAUCUCCAGCCUCAUUACAGGCCUAGCUGGUCUGGAUGCUCGCUCCAGUGGAAGAAUGGGCUCCAGAGCAAUGGUGUACUACAUGUCCACCACAAUAAUUGCUGCAAUUCUAGGUGUUAUCUUAGUUCUUGGAAUUCACCCUGGAAAUCCAAAACUCAGGUCUGGUCAGGUCAGCUCUACCCCCAAGAACCAGGAAGUCAGCAGUAUGGAUGCCUUUCUAGACCUUAUCCGAAACCUUUUUCCAGAUAACCUGGUCCAGGCCUGUUUUCAACAGGUUCAAACAGUGCUGAAAAAAGAAGCAGUGCCGGUCCAGAACCAAACUGAACCAAUCCUUGUAAAUAGAAAGAAACUGGAAAUGAAGUGGGGAAUGAAUGUUCUAGGUUUGAUUGGGUUCUUCAUCACAUUUGGAAUCUGCAUGGGGAAAAUGGGGGAGAGGGGGAAACUCAUGUCUGAUUUUUUCAACAUCCUUAAUGAGAUCAUCAUGAAGAUGGUGUCCAUGAUCAUGUGGUACUCUCCAGUAGGCAUUGCAUCUCUCAUCUGUGGGAAGAUUGCAGCCAUUGGUGACCUGGAAGUGAUGGCGAGGCAGCUGGGCAUGUAUAUGGUCACAGUCAUAGUCGGACUCAUCAUUCAUGGCGGGAUUAUCCUACCCAUCAUAUUCUUUGCAGUGACCCGGAAAAACCCCUUUACAUUUUAUUCUGGAAUUUUCCAGGCUUGGAUCACAGCUCUGGGAACAGCCAGCAGUGCUGGGACAUUACCUGUGACGUUUCGUUGUCUGGAGGAGAAUCUAAAGAUUGAUAAGCGUGUGACGCGCUUUGUGCUACCCAUAGGGGCCACUAUAAAUAUGGAUGGCACUGCACUCUAUGAGGCUGUGGCAGCCAUUUUCAUCGCCCAGAUGAACGACAUUUACCUGGAUGGAGGACAAAUUGUCACUGUUAGUAUGACAGCAACCUUGGCCAGUGUGGGAGCAGCCAGUAUUCCCAGUGCAGGUCUGGUCACCAUGUUGCUAAUCCUGACUGCUGUGGGCCUUCCAACUCAAGACAUCAGCCUGCUUGUUGCUGUUGAUUGGCUUCUUGACAGAAUGCGCACUUCCAUUAAUGUGGUGGGCGACUCCUUCGGGGCGGGCAUUGUGGACCACUUAUCACGGGCAGAGCUAGCUGUGAUUGAUGGGGAAAUUCCCCUACCAGACGAGGAGUUCAUGCCCCCUCCACCUCUCCUUACUGACAAUGACUUUAUAGACCCUCUCAAACCGCCCGAACUGCCCCCUCGCUCCCCACGUCCUCCCAAACUCAACCAUCACGCUCCAUCUCUAACCCCCUUGCAGUCUCAGUCGUACUCCAUCCCGCACUCGCCCCGUUCCGUCCGCUCUCCGUCACCUCACUCAGUCCGUUCCCCCUCCCCUCGUUCUGUGUGCUCUCACUCCCCAAGGCCUUUCCGAACACACUCCCCUCGUCUUUUAUGCAGGACGGAGCCUGGAUACUGUGCCCUGCCAACUCACGACAACCAGAUUUCCACACUCCCGAGAGGCUUACGAGAGAGAGACAAAGAACGGGAAAGAGGCAGAGAAAGGGAGAGACUGCGUGAACGAGAACAUGAUAAAGGUAGUGAGACAGAGGAGGAUGAAGAGAGAGAAAGAAUGGUGGAUGAGGGGAGCGAUGGAGAGGAUAGCGAUGACACAGCGUAUGACAGACGCCACACCAUCCCACCUUGUGAUCUGCCCUAAACAAGAACUGACGAAGCUUUAUCGCAUUUUCAUAAUACUCCUUCCGAAUUUCAGUAUUCACCUUUCUGAAUGAAAGACUUCUUUCCAGCUAGCUGAUUUGCUUUCAUUUAUAGUCGUAUGAUUUGCUUUCACAGGAUUUGAGUAAAAAAAGUAGCUUUGAUCGUUUAUUGCACUUUUCUCUCAUAUAAUUUAUGUGGGUUACUGGGCUACAAGUUGUAACACUGGAUUCUACCAGACUCAAGACUGUAAAACUGAAACGUAUUUAUUCGCUUAAUAAAAGCAAUAGCCUUGACUCAUUUUAGCUUAGUUUACUUAGUUUGUGUAAAUGUUCACUGCCAGUGCAACAUAAACAAAGAAAUUACAAGAGGCAGUUCAAGUGAGUCAAGGCAACUGGUUUCUAUAAACAACUUAAAGUUUCAAAUCUCAUGUUGUAUCAUUCUUUGGAUUGGGUUUUCCAUGUUGGGUUUUUCUGUUGAUGAGGACGUCACAAGCUAUUGUGAGUAACAUGAGGAAGUUACUUCUCUUAACCUACAUGUUCUUUCCAGUUUGCAUAUCUUAAAAAUGCGAGUCAUAUACAGUACUGUGCAAAAGUUUUAGGCACUUGUGAAAAACUAACAAAGUAAGGAUUUCUUAAAAAAAAAAAAAAAUGACAUAAAUAGUUUUCAUUAAUCAAUUAAUGUCAUACAAAGUCCAGUAAACAGAAAAAGAGCUAAAUUAAUAUUUGGUGUGAACACCUUUGCCUUCAAAACAGCACCAAUUCUCCUACUUACACCUGGACACAGUUUUUCUUGGUUGUUGGUAGACAGGAUGUACCAGACAUCUUGGUCUCAAUUACGUCUUUUCAUGUAAUCCCAGAUUGACCCGAUGUCCAGUGGGGGGCUCUGUGAGGGCCAUGCCAUCUGUUGCAGUGCUCCCUGUUCUUCUAUUCUAUUCUAUUCUAUUUGCAAAAGGAAUAUUUGGGAGUAUAAAAUGUAUAUUUCCUGCUGACACACUAAAGUAGCAGAUAUAAAUAACCAUCUUAAGACAAAUGUUUUUGUGAAACAUAUUAUUUGCCUACAUAUUAUUAUAUAAGACUUUUCCACAGUACUGUAUAUGAAAUUACCUGUAAGUACAGAUUUAUCAAUAGACUGUUUAGAUUAGUGGGUGUGAUGUUUAGACAGGCUUAUCACUUUAAUGUUACCAUGCCAAGUGCACAGACCGUACAUAGUAAAUUAUUUUUAUACAGUCUGUCUUCUCACAAGUUGUCCAUUUUCAUGGCAUGUGGUAGUGUAAAAAACUUUUGCUUACACAGCAAAAAACUUUUGACCGGUAGUGUGUAUAUAUAUGUAUAUACACUACCGGUCAAAAGUUUUGAAACACUUGACUGAAAUGUUUCUCAUGAUCUUAAAAAUCUUUUGAUCUGAAGGCGUUUGCUUAAAUGUUUGAAAUUUGUUUUGUAGACAAAAAUAUAAUUGUGCCACCAUAUUAAUUUAUUUCAUUAUAAAACUAAAAUUUUAUUUAAAAAAAAAAAAGUUUUUGAAAUGAUGACUUGGACCAAAUAAUAAAGAAAGCAGCCAAUAAGUGCCCAACAUAGAUGGGAACUCCUUCAAUACUGUUUAAAAAGCAUCCCAGGGUGAUACCUCAAGAAGUUGGUUGAGAAAAUGUCAAGAGUACAUGUCUGCAAAUUCUGGGCAAAGGAUUUGAUUUAUUUUGGAUUUUGUUUAGUCACAACAUAAUUCCCAUAGUUUCAUUUAUGUUAUUCCAUACUUAUGAUGACUUUACUAUUAUUCUAAAAUGUGAAACAAAAAUAUUAUA